AUGCCAGUCUUUACCGAGCAUUCCGCCGCGGCCCGUGACCUGCGUGUUCUCCCAUCGUUCGCACUGCCACUGCCUCGACUUGCACCAAAUUUCCAACCCGAGAGCACAGAUGAACAAUACGAGGUUGUUGUGGUGGGAGCUGGCCCAGCGGGGCUCAUGCUCGAACUGCUGCUGGCACGAUACGGGCUGAGUGACGAGUCCUUGCUCUGUGUGGACUCGAAACCAAGCACGUUAAAAUCGGGCCAAGCCGAUGGUCUCCAACCCCGUACACUCGAAACCCUGAAAUCACUGGGACUGGCCGACGAGAUACUCACCGAGGGGUGCCAGAUGUGGCAGGUUGCUUUCUGGAAUCCCUCCGUGGACAAAGCGAAGAUCAUUGAGCGCACAUCACUCGUUCCAGAUGUGGCGGUUCCAGCACGUUAUCCCCACGAAGUCACGAUUCACCAAGGUCGAAUCGAGCGAAUUUUGGAGACAGACCUGCUACGCUACUCCAAACGCGGUGUGCAACGGAACACCAAGCUCAUCGGUGUUAAAAUCGACGAGGAGGGGAAUGCAGACUUCCCAGUGAUGGCCGAGCUUGAGACGGAUGGACACCGUCGCACUGUGCGAACAAAGUAUCUGGUGGGUGCUGACGGUGCUCAUUCAGCGGUGAGACGCGCCAUGGGGCUGAAACUCGAGGGCGAGUCGCUUGAUCACAUCUGGGGCGUGAUCGAUCUCAUCGUGGACACCGACUUUCCUGACAUUCGUCGAAGAUGUGCCAUACAUUCCCCCGCAGGCUCGGUCAUGGUGAUUCCUCGCGAGCGUAUUGCCUCGGGUGAUUAUUUGACGAGACUCUAUGUGCAGGUCCCGGGCGACUAUAAGCCAUCGAGUGAUCAACAGAUAUCGGAGAGCUCGAAUACUUCUGCCGCAAUAGAUGCAAGGACUCGUCGUAGUCAAGUGACGGAAACGACCAUCUUCGAAAAUGCGGCAGCGGCAUUUAAACCUUACUUCAUUCGUCCAAAGACUGACGAGGCGGUCGAUUGGUGGGCGGCGUACCAAAUUGGACAGCGAGUCACCGAUAGUUUCUCGGUCAAGGACUCGAAGGGGAUGAAUCGGGUGUUCAUUGUUGGGGAUGCUUGCCAUACACACAGUCCCAAGGCUGGACAAGGGAUGAAUGUCUCAAUGAUGGACUCGUACAACCUGGCCUGGAAACUGGCUUAUCGCAUUAAUGGCUUGAUUCCUGAGCCACUUGAUGGAGCUCCAGAUCCGCUCCUGGACACGUAUCAAACAGAACGGCGGAACAUUGCCCAGGAGUUGAUCGCAUUCGACAAGGCAUUCUCGUCCAUGUUCUCGGGAAAGAUUGGCAGCACCGAAGACGGUGCUCAAGGGUUGACACACGAAGAGUUUCUGGAAGUAUUCAGUCGAGGCAACGGGUUCACCAGCGGAUGCGGUAUCGAAUACCCCGAGAACAUUGCAGUGAAUAGGACACCUGAAGGACUCGAGAACCCAAUCAUCGGUACGAAUUAUUUGUCUGGAAUUUUACGCCCAGGUCGCCGGCUUUUGAAUGUGCGCGUCAUACGACACGCAGAUGGCUGUCCACGGGAUCUCCAAGAUGAUUUUGCAUCCACCGGCCGAUUCCGCAUUCUCUGCCUGACCUCUUCGGAUCUAUUAGAACCGCGAGGGACCUCGUUCAAGACGCUGACUGCACUGGGAGAGAUGAUUCAACAAUUCCCAGAUUCACUGGUAGAACAAGUUGUGGUUCACCCCCAUCUGCCUCGACCGUUUAUGUGGCAUGACAUCCCGCGUGAAGUCAAAAAUUUCUCGGAGAUGUCCUUUUACAGUGGACAAGAAAAGGAAGACGUGUAUACCAUCUACGGAGUUGACCCGAAGAGAGGUGCCCUUGCUGUCGUCCGGCCAGACGGCUACAUCGGAACAAUUGCAGAACUCGGUGAUGUAGUCCGGGUGAGUGAGUUUCUGAGAGGAUUGAUCAAACGCAAAGAGGAACGCAGGCGUCAACCCUGA